UUUAGAAUUCCGGGACUUACUCUCCUGGUAUCGUUCGACAGUUUACUGUACCGCUCAACUCUUCUGAAGAAAAUCAGGAGACAGCACAAUUUUUAGAGUGGAUAUAAAACGUGAAAGUGCCAUUUCUGCGGGGUUUGGCCGUCCUACCUGCCGACCCCCACCAUGCCUUUGGUGACUAGAAACAUAGAGCCACGGCAUGUGUGUCGCCAGACCAUCCCAUCCACCAUCCGCAGUGAGCUGGAAUGCGUCACCAAUAUCAGCCUGGCUAACAUCAUCCGACAGCUCGGCAGCCUCAGUAAAUUUGCAGAGGAUGUCUUUGGGGAGCUGUUUGUUGAGGCCGGAUCUUUCGCUCUUAGAGUGGACACACUUGUCAAAAGAGUGGAAUGUCUGCAGGUUAAAGUCACCCAACUAGACCCUAAAGAGGAGGAAGUCUCUCUACAGGCCAUCACUACUCGUAAGGCUUUUCGCAGUGAUCGAAGUCAGGACCAGCAGUUGUUCAUCAGGCCGUCUCUGCCGGUGCCCAUACAGGACACCUACUUGACCUGCAAUCCUCCUCCCCCACUCAACCAGCUCAGCCAGUACCGAGAUGAUGGAAAAGAGCCCCUGAAGUUUUACACUGACCCCUCCUACUUCUUUGACCUGUGGAAGGAGCAGAUGCUGCAGGACACCAAGGACAUCAUAAAGGAGAAGCGCAAGCACAGAAAGGAGAAAAAAGACAAUUUGAACCAACGGACACUGAAUCCUAGAAAAAUUAAGACCAGGAAGGAGGAAUGGGAGCGGCUCAAGAUGGGGGAGGAGUUUGUAGUUCCAAAGAAUGAACUAAACUCCUCCGAGGGACUGAACGGCAGUAUUGGAUCAGGGGAGGGCUUCACUUCUGACGCCCUUGAACUCAGCACAAACUCCGCUUAUGAACCCGGCUCCCCCAUCCCUGAUGACUUCCUGCCUCCUCCACCUCCUGACAUAGAGUUCAGUGAAGGAGCACAGUCCCAGAAGCGGGCCAGCAUGAGUCCAACCCAUCCACCUCCAGCUCCCCCGAUGCCCUCUUCAGUUCCCAUCUCCCCACCACCUGCUCCGCCUCCCCCUCCUCCACCCCCUGGCAUGGGGGCACCACCCCCACCCCCUCCACCUUGCUUUGACUCCUCUUCUUCCAGUCCUCUACCUCCCCCUGCAGCUCCCGCUUCCUACCCCUCUAUGCCUGCUCCCCCUCCUCCCCCUCCUAUGUCCGCCGUUUCUCCUCCUCCACCACCCCCACCGCCUGGUGGCGGUCCACCACCACCCCCGCCGCCUCCACCACCCCCAGGGCCCCCGCCUCUUGACGGCCCUGCUGCACCUCGUCCCCAGCCCGCUACCGGGGCAACCAAACCUCAGCCAGCGCCUGCUGGCGACGGCCGCAGUGACCUGCUGCAGGCCAUCCGAACAGGUUUUAACCUGCGGAAGGUGGAAGCUCAGCGGGAGCAGGAGAAGAGGGAUCACUUUGGAAACGAUGUGGCCGCCAUCUUGUCCCGCCGUAUCGCUGUGGAGUGCAGUGACAGCGAGGACGACUCCUCCGAGUUUGACGAUGAUGAGUGGUCCGAGUGAGACCCGGUCUUUUCCCCUCACCACGUCUUUCCCAAUCGUUAAACAACGUUGUGGAUUUCCAUUUAAAUUGCUCUUCAUCUACAUGUUUCCUUCGUUGGUUUAACAUGUACUUGUAUUUUAAAUCACAUUCCUAGAAACAGUUAUUGCCAAUUUUUCCACCUUAUUUAUGUGUAAAGGUCCAAAGGUUAGAACUAAGCCCAAGCAUGCUCGCUUGUGUCCCACAGUUUUCUCAGGAAAAUCACUGUUAUAAUAAAUAUCUUAUUCAUCCUCCUAUAUCCUUAAUGCCUGUCUGCAGGUGUCUCUCGCUUUUUGUCAAUGACGGGAAUCUGUGUUUUUAUUUUCCUGAUGAUGUACUUAGUUGUACAGUUUCUCUCUUGCAUUCAGCUUUGCGGUUUAACCCCAGUGAAAGAUAAGUAUUGAUUUUCAGACAGCAAAUAUACCCAAAGUUUAUUAUCAAAUCCGUCUUCCAGAUGAAGAAAUUCUCCUUUUUUUCCUUCUCAUUUAAGUAUUCAAACACAUUAUUGGUGUUCAAUAAAGAUCAAAUCUUAUGGUUGUAGCUCAAAAAAACGGAUCUUCCCACCUGUGUUGGACAACAUCCGUGCCUUAUUAAACAUGCAGACAUGUCUCAAAAAUAAGAUUUAUUGUGUAAUAUAUUUUACUCUUUGUAAAUUAUAUUUGGAUUUUUUUGGGGGGGGGGAUGUUGUAUGCACUGUUGUCUGCUUCACUGAUGUAAACAGCAGCCUUUUUUUUGUCUUAGGCUUUCCACGUCUCCUCUGAGCACAAAUUUGAUUAGCCUAACAAGAACGAAGUUCAGACAAAAAAAACAUAUUCACGGAUUCCAGUGAUGUCAAAUCUAAAGUGCCUUUUUUUUGUCUUUUUUGGCUACAGAGCAAUCAAAUGUUUUUUCCAAAGUGUUCGUUUUCUGCCUUAAACUUUUAAAUGAUUUAUUUCAAUAAAUAUAGAAUGAAGCUAAAA